GACUGCCAGCCGCGGAGUUCGAGCCCGUCAGCGUCCCCCGGAGGAGUGUGCCUGGGGCUGGACGGCCGGGCCUCCUGCCGCUGGGCCAGCCUGUGAGCCACGCGGAGCCUCCCGGACGCGGGCGCCUCCCCUUAGCUGCCCGCCGCCCUGCCUGCGCCGCCGCCUCCUCGCGCGCGGGACUCUUCCCCAGGCCGCGAGCCAGGCCGAGGCGCUGCUUCUGCUUCCCAGCGUGCUUUUUGCAUCGUUUGACAUUGGGGUUGAGUUAAACCCCGGGACCCCCUCGAAGAAGGACCUGUUUGGUUUUUGUUGUUAUUUUUUUGUUUGUUUCCAACAUGGCAGCCUCCAGCCGCGCACAAGUGUUAGAUCUGUACCGGGCGAUGCUGAGAGAGAGCAAGCAUUUCAGCGCCUACAAUUACAGAAUGUAUGCUGUCAGGAGGAUAAGAGAUGCCUUCCGAGAAAAUAAGAAUGUAAAGGAUCCUGUAGAAAUUCAAGCCCUGGUGAAUAAAGCCAAAAGAGACCUUGAAAUAAUCCGUAGACAGGUGCAUAUUGGCCAACUGUAUUCGACUGACAAGCUGAUCAUUGAGAAUCAAGAGAAGCCCAGGACAUAGGAGCCCAGCACUGGGAAACAGCCUCCAGCAGCAGAAUUGACCACCUUCAGCAUCCAUUCUAUAUGGUGUGGAUCCUCCCAUUAUGGGCUUAACAUAGCCUCUUGCUCUGCCUGCCUUGUAGGAGCUGAUAAACUGGGUCACAUUUGCAUUCUGUCACAGCCAUAAUGUGAAGAAAUGGCUGUGCAUUCUCAAUCCAGGUGUCAGAAUGAAGAGCUGGAGGUCACUCAGAAUAAUGCCAUGUGUUAUUGUGUCUCCUCUCCAUCUCACCCAUCUUACAGAUCACCUAUGUAUAGAGCUUUUGCAGACUCUGUGUCUUAGUCCUUAAAAUAAACAGAAUUAUCUCCCUACCCUUUUGUACCAAAUAA